AUGGUGGAUCAUGUCGGCAAACCGCUGAAAGUUAAAGUCAUUGACUUUGGCUUGGCUAGCAACAGUCCUGAGGAGCAGAUAGGUAGCGUCCUCCAGACCUUGUACUACAGAUCACCUGAGAUUGUGCAGAAAGAGCCUUUCAACGGGGCGAUUGACAUAUGGUCUCUAGGCUGCAUUGCUGCUGAGCUUUUUAUAGGCCAAAUCCUGUUCCCCUCCUUGGAUGAGAAUGAUUUGAUCAAUAAGAUAUGGUUAACAAUUGGAAAGCCUGAAGGAGACUUCAAUCCUUGCUUCUGGCCAAAACACUGGAUGGAAUCCAGAUUUAUGGCGACUCCUCGGCUCUGGGGAGAGGACUACAUUGCUGAAGCAUGUGACCUGAAGUGCUUUGCAGAUCUACUCAAAGAGAUGCUGAUGACGAAUCCGUUUGAGAGAAUUACCCCCAGACAAAUUCUCCAGCAUCCCUUUAUCACAAUGAGCCACUUUGAAGGUCAAUUCAACAACAGCUCCUAUGUGAACUCAUGUAAGGACCUCAUGAACAUCUGCAAGGAUCAGAGCUCUGAGAAUGGAGGACGCGGAGACCAAACGAUCCCGCGAACGUCCCAGAAGAAGGACUCCUCCAGCAGCCCGGCCGAGGAGGGGAGCCAUGCUGUGAUGAAGCAUGAGAUGAUUGCCUCCUUGCAGACCUCCACCAUCACCCGGCCAAAAAAAAGAAAAAUGACAGAAGAGUGUGGCAACAGACCAGGUGGCUCCGAAGCCAAGAGAAGGAGGACUAGCAGUCCUAGUGGAGACGAAAGACUUGAGGGUCUCUGUCAGAGGCAACAAGACAGAAGCUGCCCCUCAAACUCAAUAAAAGUGAAUUCCUUAAAGAGGAAGAGGGACAAAGAGGAGGUGCCUGAAUUAGAAGAAACCUGCCCAGCAAAAAAGAGAAGGAAGAUCGCCAGGUAAGAGAAAACAGCAACUUCUGACAAAUUAAGCACUGGAUUGAGAA